ACGAUAAUAUCAACAAAAUGAUAACAACUGGAGUUCAAAAAAGACUUCUGAAAUAGGUAGUAAUUCUUACUUAACUUUUUAAAUUUUGAUAUAAAUACAAGUCAAUGUGGUCUUAAUGUUUUAUUAUCUACUAUUUUAAAUAAUCAACAUGAAGGAUGCAGUUGAAUUACAGGUUUUACGACCAAAAAAAGAUGUGCCUCAGGAUGGCGAACGAGUCUAUACCGGGGUUAUCACGUACCAGUUCAAAGACAAGGAAGAAAAACCCUGGCAGCGGGUUGUUUACGGAAUCACAAGAAAGGGGACACAUUUAUAUGAACCCGUAAAAUCAGUGCCCAGCACUCUUAUAAUAUUGGUGUUGGGAACAUACCUACUGCUGGGAUACCUGACACAGCUGGUGGAAGAUGACAUGCCUAGUGUCAUCAACGACGCUGAUAUUGCCAGAGAAGACUCAACGACCUUCAGCGAGGAAGCGGCAUGGAAAUAUCUGAAUCAGAUCCUGGGCGACCAGCCGAGGGUCGCCGGGACAGAGUACCACCUUCACAAGACCCAGGACAUGAAGAACAUUGUGGACAAUAUAGCCGCAAGCGCACGGCAAACUGUGAGGACCGACUGGCAGCUUGUUACUGGUUCUUUCUGGAUGAACAUUGCAUUCCCCUUCGUGAAUUACUACCAGAAUCUAUCAAAUGUGGUGGCGGUGCUGGAAGGAGAAAGCGGUUUCCAUAGCAACGGCACUAUAGGAUCGUCCAUACUCGUCAACUGCCAUUACGAUUCUGUGCCGUUUGCGCUAGGUGCGUCUGACAACGUGGUAUUUUGCGCGGCGAUGGCGGAGACUCUCAGCAAACUGUCGAGAAGGACUCAGAAGUUCAAACACAACAUCAUAUUCUUGUUCAACGGCGCUGAGGAGAACCCCUUACAGGCCAGCCAUGGUUUCAUCUCCCACCCGUGGUUCAGCGGCGUGUCGGUGGUUGUGAACUUAGACGCUGCGGGGAUGAACGGGAAACCGGCUGUUUUCCAGGUGACAGACCCGCGAGCGCUAUCAGCGUACAAGCGCCGCGUCAGCCGUCCCAACGCGCAAUCGUUCGGAGAAUUCCUAUUCACUUCCGGCAUCAUACCGUCCGAUACUGACUUCAGAAUAUGGAGGUACUUCGGCCGUCUAAAUGGCAUAGACAUAGCAUUCUCCAAGUUCGGCCACGUGUAUCACACGCGGUUCGAUCACCCGGACCUCAUCCAAACCGGUGUGAUCCAGAACGCUGGCAGCAUGGUCAUAGGGCUCGUCAGCGAGUUGGCUGACAAUGAGGACAUGGCCAAUAAGGUCACUCCAGAAUCGUCAGUUUACUUCGAUUACCUGAACACGUUCAUGAUCUGGUAUCCGCUAAGAGCCGCGUACGCGGUCGACGUGUUAGUCGCCCUGUUUGGUUUGGUCAGCGUGGCUUACUUCGUCUGGCUCGUUGGACUGAGAUGGUCGACAGUCAGUGAGUUGCUUCUCACAGCGUCGAGCCGCGGCGCUGCAUUGAUUGCGGGUGCAAUAAUCACCUUUAUAUUUUUAUCUAUUAUGAUCGCCACUACUAUACAAAUGAGAUAUCUAACUCAACCGUGGUUGGUGGUGCCCGUGUUCUGGAUGCCGUAUGUGAUAACUGCUGUCUGUGUAUCGCAUCUGUACGACCGAUGGCGUGUUAAGAGGACUGGCCUCAACCGCUGCAUCCGCACACUACAAGCUAUGGCGGCGACUCGUUUUCUCCUGUCUGUCUGUCUGUUGAUAAUGUCGUGCGUGCCCAAGUUGACGCCAGUGAGAUAUGGGGUCACUGUCCCGCUUUUUAUUAUGAGUCUGACAGCUUGUGUCACUUUGACAGUUGUCAGAUAUUGGAAACUGGCUGCAUGGCAACAUUUAAUCCUAGAAAUCGUUCUAUCUCUACCCGUUGUGAUGUUUGUACUAACAACAGUGCUACGUCUGAACGCAGUAUUGUUGCCAGUGAUGGGGCGAAGUGCCAUAGACAACCCGGAUAAUAUUGUGGCUGUGGUUAAUUUGGCUUUCGCUAUACUUCUGUGCAGUACUGUGUCGGGAAUCGAACUGCUGUUCUCACGGAGACGCAUGUGGAUCUCAAUUGGUUUGGUGUCGGUUGCAUGCAUCGUCUUAAUGUUCAUUCCAUUUAGUCCCUACAACGAAGAUGUCCCCUCAACCCAACGCCAUUACUGGUUCCACACAGAGAUCAAGUCCUACGACAUCAACAGACAGAUAACCGAACGAACCACAGGCUUAUUAGUUACCAAACACGACCCCUAUUCCACAGAGCGGGUGUUACCCUACUUGAAAGACAGAGGGUACAAUUUCAACUCGCGGACUGAUUUCAGCGAAGAUUGUGAAAAAUUUGUGUAUUGUAAUCUGCCGCUGUACAGAACAUCCUUCGGAAGAUAUUUAAAACACGGUCUAUUCGUGUACACGAAUGGCCCCGCGGAGUUCUCCCCCCCCGCCGGCCUCACCUCCGCGCGCUCCUGUCAGGGGGAACUCUGCACGUACGUCUUCACUAUCACACCUGCACCACAUAACCUACUGACGUUCUGGCCGCGAGAGGGCGCAAACCUCACAUCGUGGUCGUUAACCCCCGCCCCGCAGCCCUCCUUCACCCAGCUGGGGCGGCCCGUGUACGUCAUAGUGCACUCUAUAGCCACGUACAGUGAUACUGUGCAACCGCUUGUUAUCACUGCUAACUUUAUUGUCCCGCUGUCGCUGCAGUCGUCGCCGGUGGUGGACGUGUCCCACCACGCGCACCUGAUCCACCACCCGGAGUCCUUCACCUCGCACUACACGGCGCUGAUUAACGCGAUGCCUAAAUACUUCAACUUCGCGCAUUUCCUCACAUUUAGGAAUAAUUACGUGUUUUAAUAUGGCAACAUUGGCUUGUCAGUAUCUGUGGUGUUUGAAAAUCUAAUAUUUAAUUAUUGUGAAUUCCUUCUCCUUUAGGAAUAAUUACAUGUUUUUCUAUGGCAACAUUGACUUGCCAGAGAACUUGUCCCGUGUAGUAAGUUUCAUUUAGUAGGUAAUUUUUCUACAGUGUUUUUUUUUAUCAAUUUUUAUGGACUUAUGUUUUUCAUUAUUUAGAUAAUUUGACAUAAAGCCUGGCAUCAUUGCUCCGUCGACCUCGAUUGUGUGAUUGUGACGUCAGUUGACAGAUUUAUGAUAUUCCGAGAUACGUCGACGCACGUCAAUGUCAAAACCUAUGUAAAGCAACAGAAUGACACUGCAUCGACGCAACGGAGCACGAUGGAGUAAUGGGGCCGAGCCCUUACUAACUAUAAUUUGUAUAUGACAAAUUUCACUUGUCAGAGACGAUUGUGUUUACAACAUAGACAGCCUCCAUACAGAAAAUCAGGGGAUUACUGUGAGUAAGCUUUUCAUGAUAAAAAGACAUAGAUUAAAAAAUAUUUUUUUUUUACUAUUUUAUUUUACUAACAUUUAAGGCCCAGUGAUUGACGACAUUAGUUAUUAUUGUGGUUUAAUUUAUUUGAUUACGUCAAAAAUUUACAAAAUUAUACCUACUCGUUUUAUUAGGUGCGAAUUUAUUAAUUUUUUAAAUUAUGAAAUAAGAUAAAACGAAUUGUUGAUUUUAUUAAUUGGGUGAAACUAUCCUAAAUAUAGGACAACGUUUUCAAAUGAAAACGUUGUCCUAUAUUUCAUGGUUACGUGUUUCGUUUGUAAUUUAUAAUAUAGAUAUGUAUAAAUGGCGCCUAAUACAGUGCCAUUUGUGAGUUUACUAAAGUUUAGUGUCACUAGUAAGUUGUUAUACUUUGAAAUGUGUUCCCCGUUAUAUUUUUUAUUUGUAAAAUAAACAAUAUUUCUCAAAAAUA